CAAUGUUUAAAAGGUUCCAAAUCUAUAUACAUACGCUCAACUGAUUUACCAAUACCGCUUUGUAAAGGUGAACUGAUAUGAGUUCUGCUAAACCGAUUGCGAAGGAAAUACCUUCGAAGUAUGCUCAAAAUCUCUCUCCCAGUGACUCGAACAAUGAGGAUGAUCUCGUAGAAAGCGAACAGCCGUAUUGCCCCGCCUCCCUUUUCCCUCCAAAUCACGAAAAGAAAGCGGAAGAUAUCCUGAAUCUCUCUAAAGCACCUCGACCAGAACGGGAGUUCGGCGAUGAUGACGCUACGAAACCUGGUCUUGGAUUGACACCAUCGAAUUCUGAAAAGUAUCAGAAUCAGAUCGCUCGUUACCUCUUCCAAGGAAGUUAAGCGUUAUAUAUUCGUCGGUUCUUGUUCUCAAGAACUACGAGUCUCACUAAUGUUGGUUGAAUUUAGAUAGCGAGGCUUUCUUUUUUUAAGUGGAACUCCGUUUAACCAUAAUUAUAUAGGGUCCAUGUAUAAUCAAUUAACGAGUUUUGCAAUGCUAUUUCAUGUGACAAUGAGUUUGUUGAGGGGUUAGUUUUACUAUGGUACUAAAUUAAGUUUUGAUUGAGAGAA